GUUCCAUUGACAACCCCGACAUUCAAGAGCCAGCUGUAUCCGAUCAUUCCAACGCUCGAGCAUGUGAGCCAAUGUCGACCGUCACCACUGCUGACAUCUCAACUCGCAGAGUGCUGGGCAUAGACAGAGACCUUCCCACCCUCACCAAUUCUGCUCGCGUCGACGAGGAGCUGUAUGCACUACUAGCCCUGGUACUCCGUGAUUUUAUCCAGACAUGGUACGGCGCGAUCACGCAGGAUGAGACAUUUAUACAGGAGAUCAUCCUGGUUGUGGCUCACAUCCUUAGCCGCCUGGAGCAAAGGCUUCGGGAGACGAAUGUAGAAACUCUAUUACUGGAAGAGCUUCCGGCUCUUUUGCAACUGCAUGUCCGCACUUAUCGUUCCGCCAGGAGACUGUUCUCUACAGCUAUCUCAGGACAUCUCUCAUUCGAAGAGUUUUUUCGAUCCCUGAUGCCACAUCCUGCAUUACGUUCAGCCGAAGCCGAGGAGCUAUAUUACCAGCGGCUCGCCGAAGGCAUUGCCGAGCUUUUCGUGCCCCCUGACGACCUCCUUUCGGAUUGUGGACGCAGUUUGGUUAUCGAUAUAUUGUCCAAUUUAGUACUCGGUACCGCGGUAUCCAAGUUAAGUGACCCAUAUGUCUAUCAUGAAUUGAUUCAUAAGAACCUUUCCCAAGAGCAUCAGGAAUUACCCAAGCUCCAAGCUCCACGUUUUGGGUGUGGAGAGUUAGUAAGGUCAUGGUCACGACAACUUGCCGACAGGUACCAUUCUGCGCCUGAAUGGGCGGGCCGCUUGUGGAUGUACAUGCAGAGUGGGGGUACGAAGGUUCAACCCUCCGUCAUGAGCUCGCCUUUGUUCUCGCUCAUAUGUGAGCUGCUUUGCCCAGAAGAUCACGGAAGGUGGCUGUGGUCCGUAAUAAGGCUAUGUCUUGUACCGAUUAUAGUGGCAGUGUUCGGAGGAGCUAUCGAAAAGGCCUACGCCGAUGCAGUAAGGCCGCUUUUGAGAGAUCCCGAGGUAUGGUCUAGAAUAUUAAAAACAGGCAGGGAAGCGCUUUGGCCGAAUGGAGCAAUGACGCCCAAAAUGGCACCGGAUGAAGCAGAACGAAUGGUAAUGAAGCGGACAGCUCAUGAAGCCGUGCUCAAUCGUUUUCCCAGAGCAGCAGCUAUUCUACUGGGAGGCUCUGAAAUUACAAACGAAUUUGUCGAGGAGCUUCUCGAUACCGUGGAGCAUCAAUCCUGUAAUAAGGGUGUGGCACUCUUUGUUCUUGAUGCCAUCUUAGCCAGAUGCUUGCCAGAAUUAGUAUCUUAACAUACACAAUCGCAGGUUUAACAGAUAAAAGACUUUAUUUUCCUGCAGUGUCAGACAUAUUCUUGAUCACCGCAUGUC